AUGUUUUGGUGGAAUAUCCUUAUUUGGCUGGGGCUUUGGAACUUUCUGCCCGUUUUGGCUCAGGAUUUUAAACCCAAGGUAUCGUUCCAUUCGGAUGUAGACACGCAUGGCCGCUUGUCUAUCCUCGGAUUUGAUGAUUCGAGAGUAGUUCUUAAACUUCUUCGUGGUGUUGAGCUUUAUAGAAGUGAGGAUAAUGGUGUUACUUGGGAUUCGGUGGGAUUGCCCCUUUCGUCUGAUAACAAACCUCAGGAAUGGAAUCACUUGGUACUAGAUCGGAUUUAUAAAGCAGAUGUUGCAUAUUUGAGUGGUGAAAACGGCGUUUUAGCUACCGGUGAUAAAGGGAAAUCUUGGAAACAGUUAACUUUCCUAGACGCAGAUAAUCAUAAGAUAGACUUCUCUGAUUAUUCGAACGUCGGCGAUGAAAAUCGUAAACCGAUUAUCAACGUUGAAAUCGAGUCACAUCCCACAAAUAAGAAUGCAAGAAUUAUCAAUAUCUAUGAACUAGGUAAACUGGAUGGUAAAUUUACCUUAAGGCAGAUUUCGUUUUAUUCCAAAGAUGGUAACAAUUUCAAAUUGGCCAGCUCUGGUUCUAAAAGUAAUGAUGAUUCAAACCCUUUAAACAUGUUUUGUUCAUUCGUACAGAAAUCAUCAAAAUCAAAACUGUACAAAUUAAAAGACAAGGUAAUCUGUCAGGAGAGUACCGUACUAUCCCCUUUCGGAGAUGUUUCCAGUAAGUUGUAUAUCACCGAUGUUAAUUUUAAGAGUUUGAGUCCGUUUGCCGAACAAUUACAGGAUUUGUCUCCAGCAUCAACGUUCAUUUCCGAUAAUCAUCUAUUUAUCUUGACAUUAUCAGAUCGGUUCAAUGAAAAUUCUGCCGCAAAUCUCUGGAGAUUGGAAGAUGAUAGCACUGAUAAGUUUGAACAAAUAUCCCUUGGAACACAGAUUCGUAAAUCGCUAAUGGACGUCAACGAAAUAGAUGGGAGAGCAAUUAUUACCAUCUACCAUAGAGAAAGAAAUAAGGAUGGUGAUAAUAAUGAUGACGAAGAUAAAUCUCCUUUCGAAGAUAUUUUUUCCGGUUCCAUUGAAGCGUUGAUUUCAGAUUCAUACGGUAAGAACUUCAGACAUUUGAGUUUUGAUGAACAAAAAGCUUCUUCGUUGACUUUAUCGACGUCUAUCUUUGUUAAGAAGACAAUGUUCGCAACUUGGACCAAUACUAUGCGGGAUUUUGGAUUUUUUGAUUUUAGAUCGAAGGUGUCAUUUGAUUUGGGCAAUACGUGGAGUAAGCUCAAAGUAAGUGAUCCCGAAGGUAAAUGGAAUUACAACUGCGAUAUCAAUAGCGACUCCAAUGACUGUGGUUUCCAAAUGUUCAUCGUUUAUGGUGGAGGUGUGGAAGGUGAUUCAGAUAUUUUCAGCCCUGGUAUUAUAGCCGCCAUUGGUGAUGUAUAUGAAGAAAAUCCCUCUGGUGAUUUCUUAAAAAUGGGUACCUUUAUUUCAAGAGACGAUGGUUCGACCUGGGAAAAGGUACUCGAUUUCCCGAGUAGAGUUGUAAUGGGUGACUACGGUAAUAUCAUUCUUGCAGUGCCGUUUGAUCCAGAAUCUGAUAAAGACCCGCAGAGCGAAUUCUACUUCUCCUUAGACCAAGGGAAAACAUUCCAAGAGUACCAACUUGACAAAUCGUUCUACCCAACUGAAUUAUUACCAUCUGCUUUGGACGGAUCCGGAAAUUCAUUCAUGUUAGUCGGUACAAUUAUGUCUGAAGAUUACCAGAAUCUAGAGUCCGUGUCCUACGUCGUUGAUUUCUCCGAUGCAUUCAAGGGUGCCAGCUGUAAAACUUCUGAUAUGGAAGAUUGGUAUUACUCUAACGGUCAAUGUGUUGACGGUACUAUUCUCAAAUUCCGUAGAAGAAAGCAAGAUGCUCAAUGUCUAAUUAAGACCACUUACAAAGAUCUCACUUUCGAGGAAGAAUUGUGUGGCUGUAGCGAACUAGACUACGAAUGCGCUGAUGAUUUCUCCAUCGAUUCAGCUGGUAAAUGCGUACCAGAUUUUUCAAAAGCAUCUCUCAUGGAAAAAUGUGAAAGUAAAAAGAGUAUUCAAUUGGAACCUAAGAAAAUAUCAAAAACAACUAAAUGUAAGAGACCACAAAAUAUCAUAAAAGAGGAGAUAUCGUGCGCUGCUGUACCUGCCCCAUCUAAUGUAAAAGUUACCGAAAACAAAUUUUCAUCGAUAUUCAAAUCGUAUCAAUACUUUGACACAUUCGUACGGGAAUCAAUUCUUUUCAGGACAGACAAAAGUGAAGCAUAUGUGUCUCACGAUGGUGGUCAAAAUAUAAAGCAAAUUCAAACUGGCGGUGAAGAUAUUUUAGAGAUUAAUUUCAACCCCUUCUUCAACUCAUCUGCAUAUCUAUUUGGUAAAAACAAAAACUUAUUCGCAACACAUGAUUACGGGCUUUCAUUUAAAGUUACCGAGCUUCCUGCAGGAAGACAGUUGGGUUUCCCAUUAUCCUUCCAUGCUAAAGAUAUUCAGACUUUCAUUUACUACGGCGGUGAAAGUUGCGAGUCUUUUUUCGAUCCUAACUGCCAUGCUGUAGCAUACAUUACUAGAGAUGGAGGGGCAUCUUUCGAAAAGCUUUUGGAAGGAGCCUCAAAUUGUGAAUUCUUGGAGUCAGCUGUAGAAAGUCCAAGAGUAGAAAACGGCAUUGUUUGUAUGGUAAAAGACAAAUCUACCGGUGCAAGAAGUUACGUGUCCUCUACAGACUAUUUCAAAACCCAAACAGUUCUCUAUUCUGAUAUUUUAGGAUUCAUGUCCACUGGUGGCUAUAUUGUAGUAGCAGUGUCGCAUGGUGAACGUCAACUACGUGCAUACCUAACCAUAGAUGGUGUGGAAUAUUCAGAAGCAGUUUUACCUGCAGACCUUGAUUCUUAUGAACAAAAAGCCUUCACAGUCCUUGGAUCACAGGAAGGAGCAAUAUUCAUGCAUAUGACGACUAACCUUGAUAAGAAUGAAGAAUUCGGAGCAUUACUAAAGUCUAAUACCGAAGGUACAUCUUUUGUCAUUUUAGAAAGAGCAGUCAACAGAAACAGCUUUGGCUUUGUUGAUUUUGAAAAAAUUCAAGGUCUUGAAGGGAUAAUAUUGAUCAACACUGUUGCAAAUGCGAAGGAAAUAGUUGAAAGCAAAGAUAAAACUUCACAGAAGAAAUUAAAAACUAAAAUAACCUUCAAUGAUGGUGCUGAUUGGACGUACAUCAAGCCACCAUCUGUGGAUUCUGAAGGUAAAAAGUAUAAUUGCAACCCAAAAAACCUAGAAAAGUGUUCCUUAAACCUUCAUGGAUUCACAGAACGAAAAGAUGUUAGGGAUACAUAUUCUUCUGGCUCAGCUAUUGGCUAUAUGUUUGCCUUGGGUAAUGUUGGAGAAUAUUUGACUCCGGUGAGCGAAGCAUCUACUUUUAUGACCAACGAUGGCGGUAUAUCUUGGUCUGAGGUAAAGAAAGGGUCUUAUCAAUGGGAGUAUGGUGAUCACGGAAGUGUGUUGGUGCUUGUCAAAGAUAACGAACCAACUGAUACAGUCAGCUACUCCAUAAACGGUGGAAAGACUUGGAAAGACUACCAGUUCGCUUCAGAAAAGAUAAAUGUAUAUGAUUUGGUCACUGUCCCAAGAGACUCUGCAAUGAGAUUCUUAGUAAUUGGAUCCUCAGUAAAUGUUCGUGGCGAAGAAACAAGAACUUAUACGUUGGACUUUGUGGACAUGUUUUCACGUCAAUGUCAAUAUUCGAAAGAUGAUCUAAAAGAUUUCGAAUAUAUUUCAUUAAGUCACCCUAACACCAAGGAGUGCUUGUUUGGACACAAGGCAAAAUAUUUACGUAAAAAGUCUGACGAUUGUUAUGUCGGCAUGGCACCUCUCGAAGAUAAAUUUAGGAUUUUUGCAAACUGUUCCUGUACCAGAAAUGACUAUGAAUGUGAUUAUAAUUUCAUGCGUGUGUCUGAUGGUACUUGCAAGUUAAUCGAUGGCUUAAAACCAGCAGAUCCUAAAGACAUCUGCUCCAAAGACAAUUCCUUAAUCGAAUACUUCGAACCAACUGGCUAUAGAAAGAUCGCUCUUUCUACCUGCAAUGGCGGAUUGAUGCUCGCUAACUCUGAUAGUCCUCACCCUUGUCCAGGAAAAGAGAAAGAGUUCAAAGAGAAGUAUAAAGUAAACCAUACAUCAUUCUUAGCAAUAUGGAUCUUUGCUGUUCUGAUAUUCACUGGCAUGCUGUCAUUCAUUUAUUAUAGAGGUAUAAAGAGGAAUGGUGGGUUUGCUCGUUUCGGUGAAAUUAGAUUAGGAGAUGAUGACCUCAUAGAAGAGAACAAUACCGAUAGAGCUGUAAACACAGUUCUUAGAAACGGAGUGUUCCUCUUCUCUAAUGUUUACACCGGUCUUCAAUAUUUCGGACACCAAGUGGGGAAUUUCUUCAAGAGAGGCUUAAGCAGAUUUGGAAACACAACAGGUCCAAGUUAUCAAUCCCUCUUACACGAUCAAUUUUUAGAUGACGCAGAUGAUUUACUUGUUGGACACGAUGAAGAUGCUGACGAUCUUGCAAGUUUCAUCGAGAAUGAGGGUAAUUUUGAAAUCGGUAACGACGAAGAAGUUGACCUCUCAUCUGAUACACCAACCCAUGCACCAUAUUCUGAUAACCCAGAGGAAGCGAAUCCUCAUGAGUCAACUUAA